CAAACAGCUGAUAAAAAUGUGCUGUCCGAAGUGUCACUCUAGUGUCACAGCGAUUUGAUUGUGGCUUUGCGGCUUGCGCCCGAUUGUGGUUUACUUGCCUGAACGUGAUUUGUUUUCGUGCCUCCAACUCUUUUAAGAGAAAGUUGUGAAUAAACAUAUUAAUAAGCACAGUACGUGCUUAUCAAAACAAAUGUGUGUUAACUACUGAGAAGUAGUUUGUCAGUCUCUUGUGGAUCUACGAUAACUAAAUAGUGUAGUAAAAUGAAUUUGAAUAAGAAUACUAAAUCGCAUAUGAAAAAUGACCACAUAGUGACUGUAUUAGUUUGUGCUAUAGCAAUACCUCUGUCUAUGUCUUUAUGGAUAAUUAAUUUAAUAUAUACUAAAUUUUUUGCUAAGAAUACAGGAUUUGAUGAGCCUGUGGUAAUAUCACCUGCUCGCUGGCUGGCAGCAUGUUUCAUCCCCAUUAUGAUAGCCUUCUAUGGGUACAGAAAAAAAAGCCUCAACCUAAGUGGAGCCAUACUUGGUUUCUUCGUGGGAUUUGUGUUAACACUGAGCAAUUUUUGCUUCCUAGCAACACUGUUUACAUUCUUUGUAACUUCAUCUAAAGCAACCAAAUUCAGGCCACACUUAAAAAGGAAAAUUGAGGAGGAUUUCAAAGAAGGUGGCCAGAGGAACUGGAUCCAAGUUUUGUGUAAUGGUGGCAUGGCAACACAGCUUGGGAUACUUUACCUAAUGGAUGUUGGUGCUUCUGAGAAACCCAUCGACUUUUUAAACUAUUACAGAGCAUCUUGGCUAUCUAUGGGAAUCCUUGGUGUAUUCUCCUGCUGUAACGGCGAUACGUGGGCCUCCGAGCUAGGCACCGUUUUAGCCAAAUCUGAGCCCUUCCUUAUAACCUCUCUAAAACGAGUUCCACCCGGCACUAACGGCGGUGUCACAAUCAUCGGCACCUUGUUCAGUAUAGUUGGCGGCACUAUCAUAGGAAUAUCGCAGUAUUUGGCGAUGUUGUACUUUACUGACAAGGCGUCAUGGGAGAACGCUCCGCCCCAGUGGCCUGUUAUUUUAUUUGGAGCUUUAGCUGGAUUUUUGGGCAGCUUAAUUGAUUCCCUUAUGGGAGCAACCUUGCAGUACUCGGGGUUAGACAAAGACGGCAAGAUUGUAUCGCACUCCUCCAAAACAGUGAAGCAUUUAAGCGGUAGAAACAUUUUGGACAACCACAGCGUAAACCUCAUUACUACUGUAAUCAUGGGUCUUCUUAUGCCUACUAUAAGUAAAACCUUAUGGCCAAUCAUAUGAUGUAUUUAAAACUGACAACGCACUAUAAAUAAGAUCAAUGGGGCAAUACAAUACUAAAGACGUUAUAUUCAUGGCUUUUUUCAUGAACUGAUUUGAGAAUUGUGCCUAAAAUAGGCAAGGGACAGAAUAGCCCGUUUAGUCAACCAAUUUAAUGCUCGGCCCAUUUGGGACCUGAUAUUCUAUAUUGCUCCUAUUAUGUACUGCUCUAUGAGUAUUACAUUGGGUGAUGUGACAAGGGGUCGAACAUUACGUUGACUGAUUUAAGUUGUUUAUUAAAGGAGAAAUUCAACUUAGGAAGCAGCUAUGUGAGAGAAUUUUUUACCAGUCAAAAAUCGAGUCAUCGUUGUUAGGAUUAAUAAGUUUGAAACUUAACUGGACAUUCAUAUUUUAUAAUUGUCAAAUGUAACGUUAAAUAUUAUUAGGUACCUAGUGGUUUUUAUACUUUUUAUGAUUCUGAUUGUAGUCAGCUGCAGAGAAAGGGUACCACCCGUGCAUACAAACUUCUAUGCAGGGGUGGUACCUGUUCUCGUUACUACUACAUCAUUGAUUAAGAUGUAUAGGGGUAACUUCGAAAACGGGUCAAUCUUGAAAUAACAAAUAUCUACUGAGAUAGAAGCAUUUGCAAUAGCAACAGUAAGCAAGAUGGCUUGGUUUGCAGUAGAUUAUCGUGGCAAAGUAUUAAGUGCCUCUGUAGGUCUAGCAUAUGAUUGGCGCGACAGUAUCUGGCGGCGAGAUAGACUACCCGUCUUUUUCUAAUUAUUUAUGUGAAUCAAAGAGAGGCGGGUAGUAUAUCUCGCCGCGAGAUACUGCGGCGCCAAUCGUCUGCUAUCCCGGCUAGUUUAGUAGAUAUUAGUGAAUUUCAAAAUGACCCCGUUUUCGAAAUUACCCCAAUGCACCUUAAUUUAAACCUUAUAUUGUUGCAAUAAGGCUUUUGAAUGGUUGGUUACUUGUAUGGACGACAGUUAAUUUAAUGAUGAUAUUUUUAUAGUGUUAGUUACAUUUUCUAAACUAUACCUAGAUUUACUAGAUAGUUAUAGACGGAACCUGUAUACUAAAAAGAGAUGGCAAAAACUACAUUUUUCGUUUUGAGUGUUAUGACGGAACGAAAAAAAAAAAUUCAGUAAUCGGUCGUCGUCACUUGUCUGUCCGUCCAUUUUAUAUUUUAGGUUAAGUUUUAAACGUUUUUACUUCUUAACACACCGCCGUUCUGGCUUUAUGAUAGGUUAUUAUGGUACUAUUAAUUAAUUCUCACUCGACUUUAAAAAUUAAAUGUUUCUUAUUUGUAUACUUUAAGUACUUAAUAAUAAUAAUUUUGUCGGGUAGUUUGUUUUAUGUUGUUGAUAAAGUCAAUGUUAGGUUAACUGUUAAUGAUUAUUAUGUUCUAAUAAAAAUAAUACGUAUAUUUAAUACAUA